AUGACUAUGGCUUCCAAAAUAUCUCAGCUCUUUUCAUGCCUCUUUAUCUUUACUUUAGCCAUUCCUGUUCUUAGCCACAGAAAGAUUAUAGGGCCUAAUGAUGGCCAAACAUCAGCAUUCGAGUUCCUUAAAGAUUUUCAAGGUUCCCGCAAGAACGAAACCUCCGAUGAUUUCGACGAUGCCCUAGAGUCUGCCAUCAGAACCUAUCAAACAAACUACGAUAUCAAGGCCACUGGGAUUUUGGAUGCUGAAACAGUAUCAAAGAUGAUGACACCCCGGUGUGGGGUGCCUGAUAUCGUCAAUGGAACUAGCAGGAUGCGAGCUGGAGGAAUGGACCAUAAUCCUCGUGUAUCCAACUCCAUCCACACGGUCUCACAUUACAGUUUCUUCCCGGGUAAGCCCAGAUGGCCAGCUUCGAAAACACGCCUCACCUAUGCAUUUGAAGCAAAUACACCUGCUGCUGCAAUCAACCCCGUUGUACGAGCAUUCAACACAUGGGCUUCAGCAACGCAUUUCACAUUCUCACGAGUUCAAAAUAUAGCUGCUGCUGAUUUAGUUAUCGGUUUUCAUAGGCGCAAUCAUGGCGAUGGACUACCCUUCGAUGGCCCUGGUGGGGUACUUGCUCAUGCUUUCGCCCCGACCAAUGGAAGGUUUCACUACGACGCAGAUGAUAGAUUCUCCGUAGGGGCUGCACCAGGAGCAUCUGACCUAGAAACCGUCGCUCUUCACGAGAUUGGCCAUCUUCUUGGACUUGACCACAGCUCAGUUCAGAAUGCCAUUAUGUUUGCCUACAUCCCUACCGGUGCCACAAAGGGUUUGGAUGCAGAUGAUAUACAGGGAAUCAGAGCUUUGUACAAUGUCUAA